AUCUUGAUUUCUGCCAUGUGUGAGUGUUUGCGAGGGAUCUUCCGUGUCACAUGGACACCCUCUUCAGAUGCAGACUCUGACCGUGAGGACAGUAAUGGGAGUCCAGGAGCCAGAGAUUCACCUGUAAACAACAAAAGACAAUCUCCCCCCUCAGACAGGCCUCCCUUUGGCGCUCAUCUAAGUACACACCUCAGCAUCUCUGCUGAUGAACAGGACAGCCCAGAGCGAAUUGUUCAGAAGGAAAAACUCCAUGCAGAACUAAAACAAGUUUUGAGUAAAAAGAGAAGCCAGCUUAGAGACACCCAAACCACCCUCACAGACAUGGAGGAACCCCCCAAGACAGACAAUAAGAAUGAGAUGGAGAAGGACAACCAGUUGUCAGAGCUUGUAGAAAUGGUUGUUGAAACACAUGCUGAGGUUGGAGCUAGUGGGUACAGUGUUGUGGGUGGAGGGGAGCAAGGUAUCUUCAUCAAAGAGGUCUUGAAAGACUCCCCAGCAGCAAAGCACCUCAGUCUACAGAAAGGAGAUCAACUGCUAAGUGCCAGGGUGUAUUUUGAUAACGUCAAAUAUGAGGACGCAUUAAAAAUUCUUCAGUGUGCAGAACCCUACAAAGUGUCCUUCUUUUUGAAGAGGACUGUGCCAGGAAGUGAAGUCAGCAUACGUCCAGGGGCACAAAAUUUUGAGCUCAGAGGACCUAAGGCCAAGAUGCAAAAAACGAGCGUCAAAAGUGUGAAACCAUUCAAAACCAAGAAAAGGAGAGGAGGAAGAUUUGGAUUGAAACGACUAAAAGAGAACAAAAAAGCAAGAGCACAAGCAGAGAUGGACGUUGAUGGAUCACCUGGUAGAUCAGACAUCAGUCCUGUUGAUGUUGAGUUUGUAUUCCCGAAGUUCAAGAUAAGGAAAGGUGGAAAGGCCACUGCAGAUGGAUCAGAACAUCUGGAGGGUGUUAUCACUAGUACUAAGAAAAAGAGGAAGAUCAGAUUUCCAAAGAUGAAGGCUAUGGAUGCUGCUGUUGGUGAAGGGAAGGUCAGUGUAGAUAUUUCAGCACAUGAGGGAGAGGCCUCUGGAUCCAAGCUGAAGGCCAAGACGAAAGGUCCAAAAUUUGGAAUGAAUUUCCCAAAAAUUAAAAAGUCGAAGUUAGAUUUACAAUCUUCAAAUGACAGCUUUGAGGUGAAAGAACUAGAAGGCAAAUUUAAGCUUCCAUCAGUAGAGCGUGAUAUCAACAUGCCUCAGGGCAAGGCUGAAACUAAUGUUUCUAAUUUUGAGGUUAGUGUUAAAGAAAAAGGAGAGGGUCCUGAGAUAAAAAUGCCAAAGAUAAAUCUGGAUGUCUCCGAUACAAAGUUGACUGUCCCAAAGUUCAAACUACCAAAUGUAAGACUUUCUUGUCAUUCAGAUGAAUAUGAUGGAGAGGCAAGGAAAGAAACUGAUACAUCUGAAAAUAAACUGAAAAUGCCCAAGAUUGACAUCAAAGCACCAAAUGUGGAUUUGGACUUGCAUCUCCAAAAGACUAAGGGCAAAGCUGAAUUCAAAGAUGUAAAAGUUCCCGACUGCACUGUAAAAGGAACAAAAAUCAACACCACCAAGCCUGACACAUCAUUACCAGAGCUAAACCUUGAUGCAAAACAAAAAUUUGGAGAUGACAUUGAUGGAUCCAUGGAAAAAGAGCAUAAGAUUUCCCUCCCCAAACUUGACAUUGCAGGGCCCAAGAUAGAGAUGUCAGAUGCGGACAUUGGUCUUCCUAUAUUAGAUGUGUCUUUACCAAAGAUGGCUGCAAAAAGCAUUGACACUGAGGGACAUGCAAGUACUGGAGUAAAGUUUGAAAUGACACAAUUAGACAUCUCUCUUCCAAAAAUAACAUCCCCUGAGAGUGAUGUCAUAUUUGAAGAACCUGGAGCAAAAUGUGGAAAAAUUCACAAGCCAAAUAUCAGUAUUCCAUCAUCAAAAGGUAAAGGAAGCAAAGUUCACACACCUUCCCUUGACAUUUCGUUGCCUAAAGAUAAAACAGAGAUAAACAUUGAUAUAGAAGGUCAUUCUGGAACAGGUAUAAAGUAUGAAAUGCCAAAAAUUUAUGUUUCGCUGCAAAAAGCUCCAGAAAGAGAUUUGGCUGUUGAGGGACAUAAAGGAAAGGGAAGAAAAUUUGGAAUGCCUAAAUUUGAUGUUUCCUUGCCUAAAUUAAAAACAUCAGGAGGUGAAAUCGACAUUGAAGGUCCAGAUAUUAAGAGUGGAAAGAUUCAAAUGCCCUCUAUAGAUACCUCUCUGCCUGAACGAAUAGCAGGAGAUGUAAAUGUUGAAGGACAUGCAGGAAAAGGAAGAAAUUUUGAAAUGCCAAAAUUUGAUGUUUCUUUGCCUAAAUUAAAACCAUCAGAAAGUGAAAUCGACAGUGAAGGUCCUGAUGUCAAGGGUGGAAAGAUUCACAUGCCCACUAUUGAUAUCUCUCUGCCAGGAGGAGGAGCAGCAGGAGAUGUAGAUAUUGAAGGGCAUGCAGGAAAAGGAAGAACAUUUGAAAUGCCAAAAUUAGAUGUUUCCUUGCCUAAAUUAAAACCAUCAGAAGGUGUAAUCAAUGUUGAAGGUCCCGAUAUCAAGGGUGGAAAGUUUCACAUGCCCACUAUUGAUAUCUCUCUGCCAGGAGGAGGAGCAGCAGGAGAUGUAGAUGUUGAAGGACCUGCAGGAAAAGGAAUAAAAUUUGAAAUGCCAAAAUUAGAUGUUUCUUUGCCUAAAUUAAAACCAUCACAAGGUGAAAUCAAUGUUGAAGGUCCCGACAUGAAGGGUGGAAAGUUUAAUUUGCCCUCUAUUGAUAUCUCUCUGCCAGGAGGAGGAGCAGAAGGAGAUGUAGAUGUUGAAGGACAUGCAGGAAAAGGAAGAACAUUUGAAAUGCCAAAAUUAGAUGUUUCUUUGCCUAAAUUAAAACCAUCAGGAGGUGAAGCUGACAUUGAAGAUCCCGAUAUCAAGGGUGGAAAGUUUCUCAUGCCCUCUACAGAUAUUUCUCUGCCUGGAGGAGUAGUAGGGGGAGAUGUAGAUGUUGAAGGGAAUGCAGGAAAAGGAAGAAAAUUCAAAAUGUCAAAAUUAGAUGUUUCCUUGCCUAAAUUAAAAUCAUCAGGUGUAGUUGACAUUGAAGGUCCUGAUGUCAAGGGUGGAAAGAUUCACAUGCCCUCUAUUGAUAUCUCUCUGCCAGGAGGAGGAGCAGCAGGAGAUGUAGAUGUUGAAGGACCUGCAGGAAAAGGAAGAAAAUUUGAAAUGCCUAAAUUAGAUGUUUCCUUGCCUAAAUUAAAACCAUCAGGAGGUGAAAUCAACAUUGAAGGUCCCGAUAUCAAGGGUGGAAAGUUUCACAUGCCCACUAUUGAUAUCUCUCUGCCAGGAGGAGGAGCAGCAGGAGAUGUAGAUGUUGAAGGACAUGCAGGAAAAGGAAUAAAAUUUGAAAUGCCAAAAUUAGAUGUUUCUUUGCCUAAAUUAAAACCAUCACAAGGUGAAAUCAAUGUUGAAGGUCCCGACAUGAAGGGUGGAAAGUUUAAUUUGCCCUCUAUUGAUAUCUCUCUGCCAGGAGGAGGAGCAGCAGGAGAUGUAGAUGUUGAAGGACAUGCAGGAAAAGGAAGACAAUUUGAAAUGCCUAAAUUAGAUGUUUCUUUGCCUAAAUUAAAACCAUCAGGAGGUGAAAUCAAUGUUGAAGGUCCCGACAUGAAGGGUGGAAAGUUUAAUUUGCCCUCUAUUGAUAUCUCUCUGCCAGGAGGAGGAGCAGCAGGAAAUGUAGAUGUUGAAGGGCAUGCAGGAAAAGGAAGAACAUUUGAAAUGCCAAAAUUAGAUGUUUCUUUGCCUAAAUUAAAACCAUCAGGAGGUGAAGCUGACAUUGAAGAUCCCGAUAUCAAGGGUGGAAAGUUUCUCAUGCCCUCUACCGAUAUUUCUCUGCCUGGAGGAGUAGUAGGGGGAGAUGUAGAUGUUGAAGGGCAUGCGGGAAAAGGAAGAAAAUUCAAAAUGCCUAAAUUAGAUGUUUCUUUGCCUAAAUUUAAAUCAUCAGGUGUAGUUGACAUUGAAGGUCCUGAUGUCAAGGGUGGAAAGAUUCACAUGCCCUCUAUUGAUAUCUCUCUGCCAGGAGGAGGAGCAGCAGGAGAUGUAGAUGUUGAAGGACCUGCAGGAAAAGGAAGAAAUUUUGAAAUGCCUAAAUUUGAUGUUUCCUUGCCUAAAUCAAAACCAUCAGGAGGUGAAAUCAAUGUUGAAGGUCAAGAUAUGAAGGGUGGAAAUUUUCACAUGCCCUCUAUUGAUAUCUCUCUGCCAGGAGGAGGAGCAGCAGGAGAUGUAGAUCUUAAAGGGCCUAAAGGAAAAGGAGGAAAAUUUGAAAUGCCUAAAUUAGAUGUUUCCUUGCCUAAAUUAAAACCAUCACAAGGUGAAAUCAAUGUUGAAGGUCCCGAUAUGAAGGGUGGAAAGUUUAAUUUGCCCUCUAUUGAUAUCUCUCUGCCAGGAGGAGGAGCAGGAGGAAAUGUAGAUGUUGAAGGGCAUGCAGGAAAAGGAAUAAAAUUUGAAAUGCCAAAAUUAGAUUUUUCUUUGCCUAAAUUCAAACCAUCAGGAGGUGAAAUCAAUGUUGAAGGUCACGAUAUGAAGGGUGGAAAGUUUCACAUGCCCUCUAUUGAUAUCUCUCUGCCAGGAGGAGGAGCAGCAGGAGAUGUAGAUGUUGAAGGGCCUAAAGGAAAAGGAGGAAAAUUUGAAAUGCCUAAAUUAGAUGUUUCCUUGCCUAAAUUAAAACCAUCAGGAGGUGAAAUCACCAUUGAAGGUCCCGAUAUCAAGAGUGGAAAGUUUCACAUGCCCACUAUUGAUAUCUCUCUGCCAGGAGGAGGAGCAAGAGGAGAUGUAGAUCUUAAAGGGCCUAAAGGAAAAGGAGGAAAAUUUGAAAUGCCUAAAUUAUAUGUUUCCUUGCCUAAAUUAAAACCAUCACAAGGUGAAAUCAAUGUUGAAGGUCCCGACAUGAAGGGUGGAAAGUUUAAUUUGCCCUCUAUUGAUAUCUCUCUGCCAGGAGGAGGAGCAGCAGGAGAUGUAGAUGUUGAAGGGCAUGCAGGAAAAGGAAGAAAAUUUGAAAAGCCUAAAUUAGAUGUUUCUUUGCCUAAAUUAAAACCAUCAGGAGGUGAAAUCAACAUUGAAGGUCCCGAUAUCAAGGGAGGAAAGAUUCACAUGCCCACUAUUGAUAUCUCUCUGCCAGAAGGAGGAGCAGCAGGAGAUGUAGAAGUUGAAGGACAUGCAGGAAAAGGAAGAAAAUUUGAAAUGCCUAAAUUAGAUGUUUCCUUGCCUAAACUAAAACCAUCAGGAGGUGAAAUCAACAUUGAAGGUCCCGAUAUCAAGGGUGGAAAGUUUCACAUGCCCACUAUUGAUAUCUCUCUGCCAGGAGGAGGAGCAGAAGGAGAUGUAGAUGUUGAAGGACAUGCAGGAAAAGGAAGAAAAAUUGAAAUGCCUAAAUUAGAUUUUUCCUUGCCUAAAUUAAAACCAUCAGGAGGUGAAAUCAACAUUGAAGGUCCCGAUAUCAAGGGUGGAAAGUUUCACAUGCCCUCUUUAGAAACCUCUCUGCCAGUAGGAGGAACAGGAGGAGAUGUAGAUGUUGAAGGACAUGCAGGAAAAGGAAGAAAAUUUGAAAUGCCUAAAUUAGAUGUUUCUUUGCCAAAAUUAAAAUCAUCAGUUGUUGUUGACAUUGAAGGUCCUGAUGUCAAGGGUGGAAAGAUUCACAUGCCCUCUAUUGAUAUCUCUCUGCCAGGAGGAGGAGCAGCAGGAGAUGUAGAUGUUGAAGGACCUGCAGGAAAAGGAAGAAAAUUUGAAAUGCCUAAAUUAGAUGUUUCUUUGCCUAAAUUAAAAUCAUCAGGUGUAGUUGACAUUGAAGGUCCUGAUGUCAAGGGUGAAGGGAUUCACUUGCCCUCUAUUGAUAUCUCUCUGCCAGGAGGAGGAGCAGCAGGAGAUGUAGAUGUUGAAGGACAUGCAGGAAAAGGACGAAAAUUUGAAAUGCCUAAAUUAUAUGUUUCCUUGCCUAAAUUAAAACCAUCGGGAGGUGAAAUCAACAUUGAAGGUCCCGAUAUCAAGGGUGGAAAGUUUCACAUGCCCACUAUUGAUAUCUCUCUGCCAGGAGGAGGAGCAGAAGGAGAUGUAGAUGUUGAAGGACAUGCAGGAAAAGGAAGAAAAUUUGAAAUGCCUAAAUUAGAUGUUUCCUUGCCUAAAUUAAAACCAUCACAAGGUGAAAUCAAUGUUGAAGGUCCCGAUAUGAAGGGUGGAAAGUUUAAUUUGCCCUCUAUUGAUAUCUCUCUGCCAGGAGGAGGAGCAGAAGGAGAUGUAGAUGUUGAGGGGCAUGCAGGAAAAGGAAGAAAAUUUGAAAAGCCUAAAUUAGAUGUUUCCUUGCCUAAAUUAAAACCAUCAGGAGGUGAAAUCAACAUUGAAGGUCCCGAUAUCAAGGGUGGAAAGUUUCACAUGCCCUCUAUUGAUAUCUCUCUGCCAGGAGGAGGAGCAGCAGGAGAUGUAGAUGUUGAAGGACAUGCAGGAAAAGGAAGAAAAUUUGAAAUGCCUAAAUUAGAUGUUUCUUUGCCUAAAUUAAAACCAUCAGGAGGUGAAAUCAAUGUUGAAGGUCACGAUAUAAAGGGUGGAAAGUUUCACAUGCCCUCUAUUGAUAUCUCUCUGCCAAGAGGAGGAGCAGCAGGAGAUGUAGAUGUUGAAGGACAUGCAGGAAAAGGAAGAAAAUUUGAAAUGCCUAAAUUAGAUGUUUCCUUGCCUAAACUAAAACCAUCAGGAGGUGAAAUCAACAUUGAAGGUCCCGAUAUCAAGGGUGGAAAGUUUCACAUGCCCACUAUUGAUAUCUCUCUGCCAGGAGGAGGAGCAGAAGGAGAUGUAGAUGUUGAAGGACAUGCAGGAAAAGGAAGAACAUUUGAAAUGCCAAAAUUAGAUGUUUCCUUGCCUAAAUUAAAACCAUCAGAAGGUGAAAUCAAUGUUGAAGGUCACGAUAUGAAGGGUGGAAAGUUUCACAUGCCCUCUAUUGAUAUCUCUCUGCCAGGAGGAGGAGCAGAAGGAGAUAUAGAUGUUGACGGGCAUGCGGGAAAAGGAAGAAAAUUUAAAAUGCCAAAAUUAGAUGUUUCUUUGCCAAAAUUAAAAUCAUCAGUUGUUGUUGACAUUGAAGGUCCUGAUGUCAAGGGUGGAAAGAUUCACAUGCCCUCUAUUGAUAUCUCUCUGCCAGGAGGAGGAGCAGCAGGAGAUGUAGAUAUUGAAGGACCUGCAGGAAAAGGAAGAAAAUUUGAAAUGCCUAAAUUAGAUGUUUCCUUGCCUAAAUUAAAACCAUCAGGAGGUGAAAUCACCAUUGAAGGUCCCGAUAUCAAGAGUGGAAAGUUUCACAUGCCCUCUAUUGAUAUCUCUCUGCCAGGAGGAGGAGCGAGAGGAGAUGUAGAUCUUAAAGGGCCUAAAGGAAAAGGAGGAAAAUUUGAAAUGCCUAAAUUAGAUGUUUCCUUGCCUAAAUUAAAACCAUCACAAGGUGAAAUCAACAUUGAAGGUCCCGAUAUCAAGGGUGGAAAGUUUCACAUGCCCUCUAUUGAUAUCUCUCUGCCAGGAGGAGGAGCAGCAGGAGAUGUAGAUGUUGAAAAACCUUCGGGAAAAGGAAGAAAAUUUGAAAUGCCUAAAUUAGAUGUUUCUUUGCCAAAAUUCAAAGUGUCUUCUGGAGAAAUCAAUGUUGAAGGUCCCGAUAUCAAGGCUGAAAUUUUUCAUAUCCCCUUUAUAGAUAUUUCUAUGCCUGGAGGAGAAGCAGGAGGAGAUGUAGAUAUUAAAGGACAUGCAGGAAAAGGAGGAAAAUUUGAAAUGCCUAAAUUAGACGUUUCAUUGCCUAAAUUAAAACCAUCAGGAGGUGAAAUCAAUGUUGAAGGCCCCAAUAUCAAGGGUGGAAAGUUUCACAUGCCCUCUUUAGAUAAAUCUCUGCCAAUAGGAGGAACAGGAGGAGAUGUAGAUGUAGAAGGACAUGCAGGAAAAGGAAGAACAUUUGAAAUGCCAAAAUUAGAUGCUUCUUUGCCAAAAUUAAAAUCAUCAGGUGAAGUUGACAUUCAAAGUCCUGAUAUCAACGGUGGAAAGUUUAAUAUGCCCUCUACUGAUAUCUCUCUGCCAAGAGGAGAAGCAGAAGUAGAUAUAGAUGUUGAAGGACAUGCAGGAAAAGGAAGAAAAUUUGAAAUGCCAAAAUUAGAUUUUUCUUUGCCAAAAUUAAAAGCGUCUGCAGGAGAAAUCAAUGUUGAGGGUCCCGAUAUCAAGGCUGAAAUAUUUCAUAUGCCCUCUAUAGAUAUCUCUAUGCCUGGAGGAGAAGCAGGAGGAGAUGUAGAUAUUAAAGGACAUGCAGGAAAAGGAGGAAAAUUUGAAAUGCCUAAAUUAGAUGUUUCAUUGCCUAAAUUAAAACCAUCAGGAGGUGAAAUCAAUGUUGAAGGCCCCAAUAUCAAGGAUGGAAAAUUCCACAUGCCCUCUUUAGAAAUCUCUCUGCCAGGAGGAGGAGCAGGAGGAGAUUUAGAUGUUGAAAAACCUUCCAGAAAAGGAAAAAAAAUUGAAAUGCCUAAAUUAGAUGUUUCUUUGCCAAAAUUAAAAAUAUCUGCUGGAGAAAUCAAUGUUGAAGGUCCCGAUAUCAAGGGUGGAAAGUUUCACAUACCCUCUAUUGAUAUAUAUCUGCCAGGAAGAGGAGCAGAACGAGAUGUAAAUGUUGAAGGACAUGCAGGAAAAGGAAGAAAAAUUGAAAUGCCAAAAUUAGAUGUUUCUUUGCCAAAAUUAAAAGCAUCUGCAGGAGAAAUCAAUGUUGAAGGCCCAGAUAUCAAGGGUGGAAAGUUUCACAUGCCCUCUUUAGAAACCUCUCUGCCAGUAGGAGGAACAGGAGGAGAUGUAGAUGUAGAAGGACAUGCAGGAAAAGGAAGAACAUUUGAAAUGCCAAAAUUAGAUGCUUCUUUGCCAAAAUUAAAAUCAUCAGGUGACGUUGACAUUCAAGGCCCCAAUAUCAAGGGUGGAAAGUUUCAGAUGCCCUCUAUAGAUAUCUCUCUGCCUGGAGGAGGAUUAGGAGGAGAUGUAGAUGUUGAAGGACCUUCAGGGAAAGGAAGAAAAUUUGAAAUACCAAAAUUAGAUGUUUCUUUGCCAAAAUUAAAACCUUCAGGAGGUCAAAUUGACUUUGAAGGCCCGGAUAUCAAGGGUGGAAAGUUUCACAUGCCCUCUAUAGAUAUCUCUCUGCCAGGAACUGCAGAGGGAGGGCUUAAACUGGGAGAUGACACUAAAAAAGGUAUAAGAUUUCACAUGCCCACUAUUGAUAUCUCUAUCCCUAAAAUGAAUCUAACAGAUCAUGAACUAAAAGUUGGGUCAGAUAAUAAAGACAUAGACUUUAACUUGACUCAUGAUUCUGAUAUAGAGACCAAAGCCUCUGGUGCCAAAAUUAGUGAUUUCAAUGUCCCUGAAGUAACUUUAAGUGGGAACAUCAAGCUGCCAAGUGUGAAAAUACCAACUGUUGACAUAUCUGCUCCUAAAGUUGACCUGGACUUUAGUCUUCCCAAGGGAAAGGGCAGUGAUAGAGAAAAUAUUGAACUUCUUAAGGCAGAGGGUGGAAGGCCGUCAUCUGGGGCAAGUUUUGAUGUUCCGGACGUCUCUGUAAAAAUGCCCAAAAUUUCACUUCCUAAAUUUGGCAGAAAAUCGAAAAGUAGAGACAAACUAGAACUGGAGAGUCCUGACUUAUCUAUAGAUUUGGAAAUGGAAAGAACAUCACCAUCUAAAAAGGAUGCUGAAAUAAUUGGUCCUGACACUGAACUGAAGGUCAAAGCAGGUGCUGAAGAAAUUACAAAACCAGAAUUCACAGGAGAGGUUCCUGAAGAUGAGGUCAAAUCCAAGUUCAAAUUCCCCAAAUUCAAGACACCUACUCCUAAAGCAAAGCUCAAAGAUGUAGAAAUAGGUAUUCCUGAAUAUGUGGACAACAAAGGAAAAGUCAGAAUGCCAGCAGUUGAGAUAUCAUUGCCAACAACAAAUAUUUCAGAAUGUGAGGCAUUGCUUCCUAAACCUGAGGUUGAUGUAUCUGAGGCAGAUAUCAGAGGUUAUGAGGGCAGUUUAAAAAUCCCUAAGAUGCCAACAAUUGACAUAUCAGUUCCAAAAGUUGAUUUAGAUGUUUCUUUGCCUAGGGUGAAACUUCAUGAACCCAUGGACUCUUCUGACUUUGAUGGUAGUAGGGGUACAGUAAAUUUUCCCCAUGUCAAGAUGCCUAAAGUAGACAUUUCACUUCCUCGUGCAAAAAUGGGUGGCACAGAUAACCAUGAGGUGGAGGUUGGAAGGAAGGGUAAAUUAAGAAUUCCAGAAGUGGAAAUAUCAUUACCACAUGCAAAACAUGACACAUCUUACACUGUCACUAAAAUUAAAGGUGAAAAGCUAAAAAUACAAAAAAUUUCAGUGCCUAGUGUUGAUUUAACAUUGCCUCAUGGACAGGAAAAUGAUGAUCCUGAUGUAGAAUUUGGAGCGAAAGGGAGUAAAUUAAAAAUGGCAGACAUUAUAGUGCCUAGGAUAGAUUUAUCACUACCUCAUGGAAGGAAAGAAGAUAGUCACAAACUUGAUUCAGAAUUAGAAGGUGGGAAAUUAAAGAUGCCAAACAUUGAUAUACCCAUUCCUCAAAUAAAAUCUAAAGAUGUUGUUUCAGAACUUCAAUCUGAUGUAGGAAAAGGUAAAGUCAUGAUCCCUGGGAUAAGGGGAUCUGUGGAAGUAAAAGGUGGACAAUGUAAGAUACCUGAUAUUAAGAUACCACAGGUAGACAUAUCAUUACCAGAAAGUAGAACUGGAGAGUUUGAUACCAAAGAGGGAGAAUCUGGAGGAGGGGGUGGAAAAUUGACAAUGCCGAAUGUUAAAAUCCCAAAACUAGAUAUAGGAAUCUCUAGAGAUGCAAACAUAUCAGAUCCUUCUAUUGAUGCAAGCCUUACGGAUUCACAUAAAGAGGGUAAAAAGACGAUGAUGCCUAAUGUGCCUCUAGAGAUGGAUCUUGGCUUAUCAAAAGAUGGAAAACAGGAUAAAAAGAAAUCUGAACUUCAAGAUACUGAUCUGGAUCCCACACCGAAAGAAAAAAUAAAAGGGCCAAAAGUUAAAGGUACAAAAUUUAAUAUUGGAAUGCCAAAAGUAAAAGUUUCUGGAUUAGAAACUGACAUAAACAAGUCUGGAAAAAUGGAAGCUAAAUUUCUAAAAGGAGGAACUGAUGCAAACUUGAAACCUGGUUUACAAGCAUCAAAGAUUCCUGAGUUUGACUUUGACAUUGAGACUGCCCAAACUGACACGAAUAAUUCUGAUGAAGAUAAAAAGCAGACUGGUAAAGUCAAAAUUCCAAAGUUUGGGAUUCCUCUGCCUUCUUUAAGUUCACCUGAAAUCAACAUCAAAUCAUCUCAGGGAAAAGGUCACUCUAUUAACAUAGACUCCAAGGUAGAGUAUGAAAGUCCACGUCUGCCAAAAGUAACAAAAGCUGUAUUUGUUAUGGUGAAUCCACAAACUGAGAGCUCAGCUAGUGUAGGUGGUGAAGCAAGUGCAGAAAUUAGAGAUGUGAAGAUUAAACAGCCAAAGAUCAAAAUGAAGCCGUGUUUUGGCAAGUCUCAAUCAAAUGUAAAGGGGAAAGCAAUAUAUUGCGAAGAUGAGGUGGAAACUGAGGGAAAGUCCAAAACUGGUAAGCUUAAAUUGCCCAAAGUCACAUUCUCAUCUGGGCAGAGAGGAUCAUUUGAUGUAACACCAAGUGGGUCUGAUGAUGGAACAAGUCCAAGUCUAAAUGGUAACAAAGAUGAAAAAACAAUGUUUGGAAAGCUUAAAUUGUCUAAAGUGGACUUUUUCUCACCAUACUCAAAAAAUGAAAGUGAGGGAGAGGAAAUGGAAACAAGCAUGAAACUCAGGAUGGACAGCUCAGGAGAAAGCAAAGAUAGCAAGGAGUCAAAGACAAUAUCAGGCACAAUGUCUUUCCCAGGUCUCAAGAAGAAAACAGAGAAGGAUGAGGAGAUGAGAAAGAGUAGUACUAUAGUAUCCUCAAAAGCAAGGACUGAAAUGUUGGCAGAACGGGAGGGAUCAGAGUCUCCAGUACCCACAGUAUCAUCUGGAUUUGUCUCUAUAAUGAAGUGUGAAGAAAGAGAGGAGACAACAUGGUUCAAAGUACCCAAGGUCACCCUUAGACCCCAUUCUACGGACAUCCUUCAUAUCACACCAGAAAGCCACCAGAAGUCCUCUCUUCCUUGUGAGGGAGCCUCUGGAGGUUUCUAUGUGAAGAUGCCAAGCGUAGAAUUUUUGACCCAUGAAAUGCCCUCAGAGCAUCUGAUUUCUAAAACAGAGGGAACUCUUACUAUAGUGACUAAGACGACAAAGUAUACAGAAACAAAAGGUACCAGUUCGAAACAGUAAGAAUCUCACAGAACUGUGAGAUCUAAUCAGUAGUGGAAUAAUAAUUAGGCCCCUUAUUUGCAUGUGACAAUUGUUUCAGUCUUACCGGUUUUAUUCUAU